CUCAGAUUCUUCCUUGCGAAACGCAAAGUGGGAACGCUUUGAUCUAUCCCCUUUUCAGAUGCUUUUAUAGAACAAUUAUCUGCACCCGCACAGGAGUAGAUUCAGUGAGGCAGUGGACCAGGCCACUACCCGUGGAGCUGCCCUUCGUCCUCACCGGCGAUCGACAAGCCAAGAAACCAAGCCAUGGGCACCGCAGAGCAGCACCGCGGCGCUAGCGAUGUCGGCGUCGCUACGCCGCUGCUCCCCUCGCCCGCCGUGGAGCCAGCGCCAGCCCCGCCGCGCCGGAACAUGUUCGCCUUCGUCUGCGCCACGCUCGCCUCCAUGACCACCAUCCUCAUGGGCUACAACCUUGCGCUCAUGAGUGGGGCGGAGCUGUUCAUGCGUGAGGACCUGGGGCUCACCGACGAGCAGGUCGAGGUGCUGUCGGGGUCCAUGAACCUGUUCAUGCUGGCCUCCAUCCUCGCCGCCGGAUGGGCCGCCGACGCCAUCGGCCGCCGCGGCACCAUCGUGCUCGCCAACGCCUUCCUCAUGGCCGGCGCGCUCGCCAUGUCGCUGGGCGGCAGCUACGCCUCGCUCCUGGCCGCGCGGUUCGUCACCAGCGUCGGCGUCGGGUUCGCCGUCGUCGUCGCGCCCGUGUACGCCGCCGAGAUCGCGCCGGCGUCGUCGCGGGGCCUCCUGUCGUCCCUGGUGGACCUCUUCAUCACGGGCGGGAUCCUCCUCAGCUACAUCUCCAACUACGCCCUCGCCGGCCUGCCGCUGCGCCUCGGCUGGCGCGUCAUGUUCGCCCUGGGCGUCCCGCCGCCGCUGCUCCUGGCCGCCGGCGUGCUCGCCAUGCCGGAGUCGCCCCGGUGGCUCGCCAUGCGCGGGCGCGACGACGAGGCGCGCGCGGUGCUGGAGCGCACCUCCGACACGCCCGCCGAGGCCCACGCCCGGCUCGAGGAGAUCGGGCGGGCCGUCGCGGCGCAGGUCGGCGGCGCCGGGGUCUGGCGGGAGCUGUUCGUCACGCCGUCGCCGAUGGUGUGGCGGAUCCUCACCAACGUCCUCGUGCUCUAUUCCUUCCAGCAGGCCUCCGGCAUCGACGCCAUCGUGCUCUACAGCCCGCUGGUGUUCAAGCAGGCGGGCAUCUCGUCCAACAACACCGUACUGGCCGCCACCGUCGGCGUCGGGGUGGUCAAGACUUUGUCCAUCUUCGUGGCCACGUUCCUGUCGGACCGCCUCGGCCGCCGGCCGCUCCUCCUCGCCAGCGCGGCCGGCAUCGCCGUCUCGCUCACCGCGCUGGGGGUCACGCUGUGCGCCUCCGGCGAGGCGACGACGACCGCCGGGGCGGCGGCGUGCGUCGCGUCGGUGGUAGCGUUCGUGACGGCGUUCUCGAUCGGCCUCGGCCCGCUGGCGCCGACGUACGGCGCCGAGAUCCUGCCGCUGCGGCUGCGUGCGCAGGGCAUGAGCCUCGGCAUCGCGGCGAACCGGCUCACCUGCGGCGUCCUGAGCAUGACGUUCAUCUCGCUCGCCAACACCAUCACCAUGGCCGGCUGCUUCUUCCUGUACGCCAGCACGGCGGUGGCGGCGUGGGUGUUCGUCUACGUGCGGCUGCCGGAGACGAAAGGCCGGAACUUGGAGGACAUAGGCGUUCUCUUUGCCAAGUGAUCAUGGAGUGUCAGGAGUUUAUAGGGUUGUAGCAAUAUGCAGUAUUUUCUUUCUUAAUAUUUGCCUCGGCCAACACAUCUACAGAUGUGGCAGCCCACACCUUUAUACCAGGAUAAUAAUGUUGCAGAUCA